CGGGAGAGAAGCCCUUAUAUUUGGUAGCACUCUUGCAACAGCUUUGCAGCCAAACAACCGUUGUUUUCACUGCUUCUGUAGUGGCUACUCAUCAACUAUAUACUCUGCUAAAAUGCUACAAAGGAUUGUCGUUCAAGGUGCUUGAGUACUCAAGCUUGCAGCAUUAACAACCCCGCAGUAAAGCGUUGGCAAAAUUCCAGAAUGGCCAGGCACAAGUGCUCAUUGCCUCAGAUGCGAUGACAAGGGGUAUGGAUGUGGAAGGUGUUGCAAACGUUGUCAAUUAUGAUAUGCCUGUGUACGCAAAGACCUACGUCCAUCGUGUUGGGCGCACUGCACGAGCCGGACAGCCCGGGAGCUCUUAUACUCUUCUUCAGAAGGAGGAGGUACGACACUUCAAACAGAUGUUGAAGAAAGUGGACAAUAGCAAGUGCAAGGACUAUUCACUGCCGUCAUCUGUCACCGAAGAGCUUUAUGAGUCUUACACUGAAGCUCUGGAGAAACUGAAGCAGAUAACAGCAGACGAGGCAGCAUCAAUUUCACAUGGCAGUCGGACGCAGACAGAAGGGGAAAGUAAAGUUACUGGGCCGGACGAGCUUUUCAUAUGACCACGAGAUAUCACUCAGCGUUUGGAGUACGAUGAUCUACUUAUCCCUAGGUUCUGUCCAAUUGAAGAAACACUGUGUGAACAAUACGAAGAGCUGGUUGCUGAUCGGAUUCAUAUCAGUACCUUCAUUGUGCAAUCCUAGUCCAGGAUUAGAAUAAUUCGGUUUCGUCUUCACUUUAAUUCACCUGUAAGUCGAGUAGCUGGGUUCCUGAGGAAGGUUCCGGGAGGUUCCCCUUCAUGUAUUCUUCAAGUUCGCAGCUUAGACCCGAACGACCGCAUGUAGGAGAAAAUUGCCAUCCUCACUUUGGUUGGCGGCGUCUGUUUGUGAAUCUGUCUGCGCCAGAUUUCUUCAGUAAAGUUUACGUUGAUGGUGAAGAU